UGUGAUGGAAUUUUUAAAAUUCAAUCGCGUCCGACUUUCCCGAAGCUUCUUUCUAAAUCCUCUCUACAUAUAUUCCCCACUCAUAUAUGGGGAAACGUGAAAUUCAUUUUACUCCGGUGGGUCGUCAGGUGCAGAGAGUUCUGGAAUAUCCAUUGCGCUUGGAGAAUCGUUCGCCGAUGUCUUACUCAAGAAGGUCAAGAUACUCUCCUUCACUAUCUCCUUAUGACAAGCGUCGUGGAAGGUCUGUGUCAAGGUCAUUGUCUAGAAGCCCGACGAGGAGUGUCUCAAGCGAUGCUGAGAAUCCUGGUAACAGUUUAUAUGUAACUGGAUUGUCUCACCGGGUUACUGAAAGAGAUCUGGAGGAUCAUUUCGCUAAAGAAGGAAAGGUAACUGAUGUUCACCUUGUCCUGGACCCAUGGACUAGAGAAUCUCGCGGAUUUGGUUUUAUCUCUAUGAAAAGUGUUGGUGAUGCUAACCGUUGCAUCAGAUCUCUAGAUCACUCUGUUCUGCAGGGCCGCGUCAUCACUGUUGAGAAGGUAAAAAGACUAAUCACUAGUGAUUCCUUCUAUAGAACCAUAAAGAAUAUGAUCUGGCCGAAGCUGAUAUUGAUAUAUGCAAUUACUAGGCACUUUGAUAUUGAUUUUUUCUUCUCUUUUAAAAUAUUUAAGUUGUUUGCUUGUUUCCACUUUCAAGUUUCUGUGGCAGCAGGUCUGCUGUUUGUAGCAGCAGUGCUUCACCAAAUAGCAAACGUUGCAACAGUUCAAACACAUCAAGUUUCAGACAUUUAGGGUUGUAUGCCCUGCAUUUCUCUCUUUCUUGAACAAUUUAAUAUUCCGUCCUUUAGUAGCUUCAAUAUAGGAAUGUUGUUUUUGUCGUGUUUCCUGUUUCAUUGAUGAAUGUCUGACAGAUCUGUGAUAUCUCUGGUUUUCUGUUCAGGCAAGACGUCGUAGAGGACGUACUCCAACUCCAGGAAAGUACUUGGGGCUGAGAACUGCUCGAGGACGACAUAAGUCUCCUAGCUACUCUCCCCGCAGGUCUGUUAGCUGCUCUCGUAGUCGUAGUCGAAGCUACUCAUCUGAUCGGGGCAGAUCUUAUUCUCCAAGCUAUGGGAGAAGAGGAAGGUCAUCCUCGUACUCACCCUUCUAUCGACGACGCAGAUUCUACUCUCCUUCGAGAUCUCCUUCACCUGAUGAUCGUUACAACAGGAGACGCGACAGAUCAUACUCACCUUACUACAGGCGGAGGGACCGGUCCAGAUCCUACUCACGUAACUGUAGAGCACGGGACAGAUCACCUUACUACAUGCGGAGGUACAGGUCCAGAUCCAGGUCAUACUCGCCUCGCUACAGAGCACGUGACCGAUCAUGCUCACCCUACUACAGGGGAAGAGACCGGUCUUAUUCACCCCACUACCAAGGGAGAGACAGAUCCUACUCACCUGAAAGUCGUUACUACAGAAGGCACAGGUCGGUAUCGGGAAGCGUAAGCCCUGGAGGGAGAAGCAUGUCACGUAGCAUAUCCCCAAGGAAGGGAAGGAAAGAGAGCAGAAGCAAGUCUCGGAGGCACGACAGGCAAUCUUCAAUGUGUCAUUCGAGGAGCGCAAGAUCAAGCACCUCCAGAUCCGUCAGCCCAUAACAGUCUCUACUUACUUGAAGUUGACAUCAAUCACUCACGUCUGUUGUUGUAUUAAGCAUUUUGGGACUUGUCUAUUCCUUGUAUUUGGAAUUGAUGACAGUACGUAUGUUAUGUUGGUUUGGUGUUAGGAUACUUUAUUACUUCUGUGGAAAUGUUGCUUUGGCGACGAGUCGUGAGAGAAAUGGAAUCUCUUCUUUGUUACAAAAAAUCUAUUUUCAUGUCUUUCUACUCCAACAAAUUUCUGUUGUUGUAUAAUUGUUCCACUUACUUUUCCAACUUUUUUUCAUAAUCAAUAGACGAUUUUCAGAAAUAUCAACUUUUAGGGAUGGACUCAUUAC